CGAUUUAUUGUCAUACUUGCAACAAAAGUGAUAUAUAUGGACACAUUUUAUACACUAUAGUAAGUAUAUAUGUUGUGAAUCGUUGACCAUAAUUUGAGGUGGGGCCAGUUCCUGUUCAGAUAUCAUUCUGCCAACCAGUAACCUAUAGAGGCAAAGGAUUGAGUCGUCAUGGCAUCCAAGUCAUCCAAUGAGUAUGUUAAUGCCGCUUUCGAAGGUGAGAAUAAUGGCCAAGCCCCCGGCACGGACAGCGGCGCUGGCGAUGAAAUGCCAGAGUUCAUCGACCACGUGGAAUUGACCAUUGAAGUGGAAGAUGAGAACACUGAAGAUGAAGAGGUCGGCUGUUGCGCAAGAGGCAUUGGCCGAGUCCAAAGUGGUUUGCGACUGUACUACCAUGAGUACUACUACAACACCUGGAAUGGCAUUUACCUAUUCUUCCUAAACUGCUACGGGGCUUACUUCAUCGGUGCCAUGUGGUUCAGCUUCGGCGACGAGGGGUCCUUGCGGCUGCUUGGUAUGACGUGUGUGAUUGUCUUCUUCACCAUAAUAGCUUUUGCGAACCUGAAGUUCGGAAAAACUGUAUAUGACAACACCAUUAAGCCUGUGAAGAAUUAUUUCGUUGGUGAUAAGUGCGGAAAGAAGAUUGCCACGGCUCUAAAAUGGAUUUUCAUUGCCAUCGUCAUCGGCUUGAUAAUUUACUUCCUCGUGUUCGAAGUCGGGAUGAAGGAGCCGUACAAUCUCGUUGGUUUGGCCGGCCUUGCAGGUUAUAUUUUGCUAUUUUAUAUCUGCUCCCACAACCCUGCCAAGGUGAAAUGGCGACCGGUGAUAUGGGGUCUCCUGCUACAGUUUGUCUUUGCCCUUCUUAUCUUGAGGACAAGAUGGGGAUUCCUGGCAUUCAGAUGGCUCGGAGAGAGGGUCACUGAAUUCCUUUUGCACACAGAUUUUGGGUCGAAGUUCGUGUUUGGAAACAUUGAACUGCACUUCUUUGCAUUCAAGCUUCUCCCGGUGGUUGUCUUCUUCAGCACGAUAAUAUCAUUGUUGUACUACCUUGGUUGGAUGCAGGUGGUGAUUAGGAAGGUGGCCUGGGUCAUGCAGAUUACUAUGGGAACAACUGCAGGAGAAUCUCUCAACGCUGCUGGGAACAUUUUCAUCGGUCAGAGCGAGGCACCCUUAUUGAUUCGUCCCCUCAUUCAGAAUAUGACCCGGUCAGAGAUACACGCUGUGAUGACAGGCGGGUUUGCUACCAUUGCCGGCAGUGUAUUAGGCGCUUUUAUCUUUUUUGGGGCUCCAGCGAACCAUCUCCUUUCCGCCUCUGUCAUGUCGGCCCCAGCUGCCCUGGCCAUGGCUAAACUCUUCUACCCCGAAACCGAGAAAUCGAGGACAACUGCUAAAGAUGUUGUCCACAUGGAAAAAAGUCAAGAGAGAAAUAUCAUCGACGCCUUGUCGACCGGAGCUUCCCAGUCCAUCAAAUUGGUGGCCAACAUUGCCGUGAACCUGAUUGCCUUCCUUGCUGUUCUUCACUUUCUGAAUGGAACCUUAGAAUGGCUGGGACGAAGGGUGGGACUUGGUGUUUGCGACGACGACCCCAAUGAAGAGCAGGAAUACCCCUGUCUAAGCCUCGAACUUAUUUCGUCCUACCUGUUUUGUCCUCUUGCCUUAAUGAUGGGUACGACACUUCAACACUGCCGACAGAUGGGGCACCUAAUCGGUCUGAAGACAUUUUUGAAUGAGUUCGUUGCCUACGAUUACAUGGGACAGCUUAUACGAAACUCAAACGCUCAUCUAAAUUACACCCAGAUUCACAACAUAACACACCUGACGCCUGGAGUUCCAGCCUAUGACGCUGCCGUUAGACAUCACUUCGAUGAUAUCAUACAUUUGCUCAACAACUCACGUGUAUUGAAAGGCGGUGUACUGGACGAGCGCUCGACGGUGAUAGCAACGUACGCCCUUUGCGGAUUUGCCAAUUUUGGUUCUGUUGGGAUCAUGGUUGCUGCUUUGACCGCCAUGGCGCCCAAUAGAAAGAGCGACAUAGCAUCAUGGUCGGUUGCAAUGCGGGCAAUGAUAGCGGGGAACGUGGCGUGUUUCAUGACGGCUUGUAUUGCAGGUUUACUUUACAGCCCGGCGAGCGUGGGGAUCACUCCGUAGGCCAUUCCCGGAUACAUCUGGAUGAAUAUUAUGGAUAAACAAUGGAUAUAUUUUAGUAUUUGUUUGGAGUAAAUCGGAAUAUACUUAAAAAGUGAGAUUGGGCAAGUUUGUUUCUACAGUCCAGAUAAAUACAGGAAAACGUGCCGAGAAAAAACAUAUAGCUUAGAGAUACAUUAUAUGAAAAGUGUGAGUCGGCAUGUCUCUGUCUUGAUAAUAGAUGUUUUUGCUUUUCGUUGGUAAGUGUAAGAAAUUGGUCCAGAGCUCAUACUUGUACGUCCGCGGUAUACAUGUACAUGUAAGGUAAAAUACUAUAAUUUACAUAUUCAUCUUUAAUUUUUAGCUAUGCAUAUUUUCUACUUUUUGAAUGUUAGUUUUAACAAACUUUAGUAGUUGGCUCAAUACUGCGACUUCUGAUUAGUUGAUUGAUUAAAAUUGAUUAAAUUGAUUAGUUUUGAUUAA